GGCACGGACGCGGAGCAGCUCCCAGCAAAAGCCCAUGCCAGGAGCCCAGCGCUGCCCCAGUCACUGUCAAAGAAAUCCCAGAGCGUAGAGAGCCUGAAGGCUGAGGUCUGUCCAUGGGAGCUCCAACCCCCGGAUAAAGCAGCAAUCUGCCCUUGGGAGGUGGCUGCAGCUCCCUCUGAUCAACCAAAGGCAAAACAGGGUCCAGGGGGGGCUUCGAAGGGGGACAAGCGCAUCACGCGCCAGGCAGCGUUAGCCAGCCCAGGGAGAUCCCUGGAGAAGGGCAGCAGCGAGCGAGAGGCCGUCUGUCCCUGGGAGAGCCUGGGCACGGAGCAGCCCCCAGAGAAACCCUGUGCCAGGAGCCCAGCAGCGUCCAAGUCACCUUCAAAGAAAUCCCAGAGCGUGGAGAGCCUGAAGGCUGAGGUCUGUCCAUGGGAGGCUCAGGAGCUCCAACCCACUGAUAAAGCAGAAAUCUGCCCCUGGGAGGUGGCUGCUCCUCCAUCAAGCCAAGAGAAAUCAAGAGAGGACAAAGAUGGACUCUCCACAGUGAGCAAAAUCCUUUCCACAGGUCAGGGUCUCUGCAAAGACAUUGGAGACAGCGCGUCUGCAAAGAAGGAGAGAGGAGGCAGAGACCGUGAGUCCAUCUGUCCCUGGGAGAGCCUGGGCAUGGAGCAGCCCCCCGAAAUACCCCGCACUGGGAGCCCAGCGCUGCCCCAGUCGCCGUCAAAGAAAUCCCAGAGUGUGGAGAGCCUGAAGGCUGAGGUCUGUCCUUGGGAGCUCCAACCCCCGGAUAAAGCAGAAAUCUGCCCCUGGGAGGUGGCUGCUCCUCCAUCAAGCCAAGAGAAAUCAAGAGAGGACAAACAUGGACUCUCCACAGUGAGCAAAAUCCUUUCUACAGGUCAGGGUCUCCGCAAAGAGAUUGGAGACAGCGCGUCUGCAAAGCAGGAGAGAGGAAGCAGAGACCGUGAGUCCAUCUGUCCCUGGGAGAGCACAGACACGGAGCAGCCUCCAGCAAAAUCCCAUGCCGGGAGCCCAGCGCUGCCCAAAGCAUUUUCGAGGACAUCCCAGAGUGUGGAGAGCCUGAAGGCUGAGGUCUGUCCUUGGGAGGCCCCAGAGCUCCAACCCACUGAUAAAGCAGAAAUCUGCCCCUGGGAGGUGGCUGCAGCUCUGCCGGAGAAGGGAGCAGCCCUGGGUGAGGCGAGCAUCCCGCUGAAGAAAGCGGGUGCCUCCACAGCACCGGAGAAGAGGAGCAGCAAGCGCGAGGCCACCUGCCCUUGGGAGACCCUGGUCACAGAGGAGCCCUCCCUGAACACCGCAAUGGGGAAAGAGCUGCCCAAGAAGUCCGACAGCACCGACAGCAGGAAACCUGACAUUUGCCCGUGGGAAGCAGCAGAGCCCACCAGCUUGGAGAAGAAAAGCUGCGAACCAGGCGUGCGCCCGCAGGGAGCUGACAGAGCUGCACCCACAGGGAAUGUCAGAGCCGGUGGCAGGAGCCAGCACCGUGCCUCCAACAUCUCUGCUGAAAAAAUCCAAGGGCAGAUCUGA